AUGCAAAAAUUGCUCGCUGGCAUGAUGGAUACCGGGGCUUUGAGCGACAUCUUCCGCGGCCCACCGCCAAGCGGUAUUCAUGGCCCAGUUCGGGAUGAAGCACACAUGCCUGGCGAUUGGGAAAUGCUCAUCGAGGCUGCACAACAAAAAGGUGUACUCAGCGUGGAGGCCGCGGAACAAUGGAGGUGCUACAUUUUAGAGGAAGCGUACCAAGAGUACCAAGACCGAGUAGAGCGGUAUGCCAAGUGGAGCGCGGUCUUGAAAUAG